GAAAUUAUCAACAAUAUUCCCAAUACACAAAUUUUCCUAUUUCUGCGUACUUUUAUUAAUAUUAUUUUUAUACAAUAUUUUUAAUUUAAAUAUCUAAUCCAUAACUUCUGAAUGGUUUUGUGGGAGUCAUAAAUGGCAAAGGCAAAUAUUUUGGUAGGAUUUACACUGUUCUACACAUACCAAUUAAAAAAUAAAAUGUGUUCCCUUCUUAGACCAUCCCGGCCUUGUUCGUUUUUAAAUGCUACAACCAAUUACUAAAAUAUCCUCAAUAAUCCAUUCAUGGAAAUGAAAUUACUACGCAAGGAAUGCAAGUUAUUGUUAUUGAAUCAAGGCUACCAGUAUUUCUGGACGUAGGUAUUAUGUAUGUCAUGGCUACUGAUGUAUUGCGAUACGCCUUCGUAACUAGCUACAUUUAAAGCAUUUAAAAACCGCAACAUCACAUAAUCCUCCGCGUCAUCAGUAACUUUAUAUUACAUACUAGCCGUAAAUUAGCUAUUGCAAAAUAUUUACAAUUCCUGUCUUAGAAAGUUUGAAAUAAUUUUAAAUUCUAAAUAAUUUUAUAUUCCUAAUUUUUUCCUUAUUAAUUAAACCAAGAACGAAAAGAGUUUAUUAAAAUGGUAAAGUUUUACCAUAACUAGGUUCGCUCUUAACUGAUGCAUCACGAUAUUGUUCUCACGUCACAUGGCAACACACACGCUUCAUUACUGCUAAUUAUAAUUCUUAAUUGUCGAGUAAUAUAUCAUUACUAUGGGUUUCGCUUUUCCUGAGGUUUGCUUAAAAAGCACGUAUGAAGAAAAAUUAGCUGGCUGGAAAUGGUGAAUUUCAAGGUCCAAAGCAAAAGAACUUGUUAUACUAUAUAGGACAUUUGAGUAAUACUUGUUUUUACCGACAAAAGUGGCAUACAGCACUUUGAUAGGCACACAGACAACGCAAUGUAGUUAUUAUCAUAAAUUUUCUAAUUUCCUGCAAUUAAGAAUAUACUGCCCAACACUUUACACGUAACUAACAAGCAUUUUUAUGACUUUCUUUAUGAUUAUUAUUAAAAUAGUGUUGCUGGCUUCGUGUUGUUUACGGUAGCAUGGUUCGAUGUCAUAGUGGUAAGAAAACAUUGGCAUUUCAUUUAGCGUUUGAUAUAUCAAAACUUAAUAAGUGUUUUUAAUUGUAAUGUUUAGAUACAAUAUUUUGAUACACAUGUUUAGAAAAGAAAAGGAGAGUAAACAGUGCUGAUGCUGGCGCAUUAUUAUUAUUAUUAUUAUUAUUAUUAUUGUUAUUAUUACUAAUUUUGUGCCUCUAAAAUUUGGAGGAUAUUUUACCUUUUAUUACCAACUACGCAGGUAGCUAAUCAAAUGUUAUGAUUUUUCAGUCUAUAUUUUCUUUAGACAAGCUUGUUUUAGUCAAAUUUUUGCGCAGUUGAUUCACCCAUGCGAUAUGAGUAUAUAAAUAAAUAAACAAAUAAAUAAAUAAAUAAAGUAAAUACGCUUUUAAAAUUUUAGCUGGGUGCCAGCUUAAUUUGGCAAUACUUUUUCGUAGUAUAAUAUGAUGUUAAGAAUCGUAUUUGAAAUUAGAUUUAUUGCAAAGCCUUUAUUCAGGUUGUAGAAAGUUUAAUUUAUCAUGGGUUGUCGCCGUGAUGUUUGGUGGUUAAAAUUGAAAUAAAGCCACUGUGACGUUGUUUUCUAGUUAAUAGAAACCAGUUUACAUCUAUUACUACGUCCUCAGAUUCUUUCAAUUUUGCAUGCGCAAGCGAAAUCGAAUAAUGAAGUAAAUUGCACCACACUUUAAGAGAAACCAAGGAUACCGUUAAGAUACUUAAAUAAAAUAAAGUAAUGUAACGUGUAAUAAAAACCGCUUGUGCGUGGAAAAUUUAAUUAUUAUAAUUUUAAAAUCAGUUUCAUAUUGAAACAUACUUUAAAUCAAUGGAUGUUUAUUAUCGACACAUGGAAUGAUAAAAAAGAGCUUUUUUAAUCGAUUAAUCUUUCCCAUGCAGAUAACUUUUAACACACUAAGUAAUCUUACUUUCAUCUUGUUAUAACCAUAUUGUAAAGUCAGUGAUCUUUUUAAAACAUCUUUUUUAUAUAUAUACGUCAUACAGCUUAUCUAAAUAACUUCUAUUCAUCUGUUUAUUAAAAAGAAACGUAGGUUUUAUACAAAAGAAGAAAGAAACUGGAGUGAAUUCGUGGUAGCAUAUUGUGACUCAAAUUAAAGCAUAUAAGAUGAAGGGUUGAAUAAAAGGAAAAGUUAUGUCACUUGGAGAAUAUAUAUUUACAAUUCUCCAGAAAGAUUUAUGUUUCAAAGAGUUUAAAGAGUUUGAAGAUUAGUAGCCAAAAUAAAAUAUUACGCCAGUGUCAGUAGCAUAUUCGAAAGAACUUACACAAGUUAGUAAUUAAUUUCAAACGGAACUGUGAACAAUAAAACUCGAGAACGCAUUUAGCGAUACGUGUUUGGCUACCUACUCUUUGGCCAUCUACGCUGAGAAAUCGUGAUGAAGUACGAAAAGCAACGAAAGCGAAUGUCGACUAUGUUUAGCAUUCAAUCGGCACGAAACCGAUUCAUAAUAUUCACAUGCCUGUGUACUGCGUCCGUAUUAUUAUUUCUCUCCAGUCGGCAGAAAUUCUUUCAUUCGGGUAAAACUAUUCAUAGCUUAUUUUAUGUUGAUAUCAUUAACCGGAUACAAUCGAUAGAGGAGCGAGUAGAAUCGAUACAAAAACGUUUAAAUGACAACGUGCGUAGAACUCAGAUUGCACGUCACAAUGCGGAAAUAAUUAAAGCUAGCUUUAAUGUUACAAAAGCUAGUUCCUUCUGGACUGGUGUAAAUGAAUUAGAAGCCGUUGAAGAUUUGUUUUCUAACAGAAGUAAAAGACAUAAGACAUGCCUGGUCACACAAUCUAAGUGUCAGCAUGAGUUUACUUUCUUAAUUUUAAUUACAACACAUAUAUCUCAUUUUGGUAGAAGACAUUCUAUACGAAAUACUUGGGCAAAUGACCCAAGAGGACGAUGGCGAACUGCAUUUUUAGUUGGUCGUUCUCGCAACCCGUACAACAUGAGAAUAUUACGUAAUGAAGUUGCAAUACACGAAGAUCUAAUCCUUGGCGAUGUAUACGAAGACUUUUAUAAUCUCACAGCGAAAGUUCAAAUGGGCUUUGAAUGGGCUGUCAAAUAUUGUAAAUUCAAAUAUCUUCUCAAAGGUGACGACGAUGUAUUUAUAAAUUUCCCCAGAUUAUUUUCAUUUGUGCAGGACGAUGAAGUACCUAAAAAAGAACUUUAUGCUGGCAAUGUCCAGUAUGAAGCAAAAGUAUUUCGAAGUGGAAGGUAUGGUAUAUCCAAAGCAGAUUUUCCAAAGAAACGAUACCCACGAUAUUGUUCUGGAGGCGGUUUUAUUUUAUCAAGAGACGUCGUUGAGAUUAUGUUGGCUAGGUUCGAUUAUGUGAAGUCUAUUAGUAUAGACGACGCAUAUAUUGGGGAAUUAGCACUAAAAUGUGGCAUUGAUGUAUACCAUGAUGACAAUUUUAAAAUGUUUGAGAACGAAAAAGGUUGUGUUUACAAAGCGAAUACAAUUGUUCAUCAUCCUGUAAAGUCAGUUAGCUGCAUGAGCAAGUUAUUUAAUCAUAGCUUAAGCGAAAGUACGGUGAAUCAACAGAAAAUGUUUCUCCCCGAUCGGACUUCCGAUCAUAGAGGGUACUUGAUUUACCUCUUAGGAGGAGCACUUGGGGCAAAUUUUUUAAAGUUUGCGUUGACUGGCACCGCGCAGAUGACGGUACAUAGAUGGCAGGUAGCUAUCAUAGCGCAUAACAGAAAAAAACACAUACGAACAUCAGUCGCAGUUAUGAUAACUAUAUGGAAUUUUUCACAAAGAAGAGGUUGUGGGUUUGCUUUAAGUUUAAUAUGGGCGUCGUUGAUUACAAUCGCAGUGUUUGGUAACAAUAUGCAGUUGAAAAUGUAUUUUGAAAAAGCCUCUAGUUCAUGUGCAUAUUUUAGUGUGAGCCCAGCAGCCCGUAACUUUGUAAACGAGACGACGACUCGAACUUUCGCUAAGCAACAGUAUAAGUCUACAGAUACCAACGGUACUUUCUUGAACGACGAAAAGUUAUUUCCAGAAACAAACAACAAUCAUAAGACUAGUCUAAUUAGCACGAUGAAAUGUGUUUUCGAAUAUGAACUCUUGAUUCUUAUUACGACGCACGUGGACCACGUCGAACGACGAAACAUUAUUCGAAAUAAAUGGGGAAACGAUGCUAAGAACAGAUGGAAAUCAUUUUUUUUAGUUGGCAAACCUGAAGAUGCAAAAUCCUUUUCUGCUUUACAAGAAGAAACUAAAAAUCACAACGAUAUAAUUUUGGGUGCUGUUGAGGAAGAUUUUUACAAGCUCGCCUUGAAAGUACUUAUGGGUUUUGAAUGGGCAAUACGAUAUUGUCAAUUUAAGUACUUACUAAAAGGAGAUGACGAUGUCUUUGUCAAUGUGGGAAGAGUAUUUGAGUUGUUACAAAAGUACGGCUCUCAGCAACUGUAUAUCGGUAACGUCAUCUUCAGAGCGUUUGUUAAGCGCUCAGGCAAAUACGGCAUAAGUAAAGAAGAAUAUAGCAAGUCUGUUUACCCGAGGUACUGUUCUGGUGGAGGUUAUAUCUUGUCAAAAUCAAAUGUGGAGAUAUUUGUGAAUAACUCUGAACGAUUCAAAAUCAUUAGUAUAGAUGAUGCGUACAUUGGAAUUUUAGCCUUAAAAUCUGGUGUUGAUGUGACUCAUUGUGAUCAAUUUCGUAUGAACGAAAAUGAGAACAGCUGCAGAUACAGAACUUCUACGAUAGUACACCAUCCAGUGAAGAAAGAAGUGUGCAUGGAUAAAUUGUAUAAAUUGAGUUUGAGAGAUUCCGUUGCACGAAAGUUUUUAUUAUGAAUUUUUAAUAAUUAGAAAUAAUUAGAUUUAAUAAUCAGAUUCGUUUUUUUAUUUAUUUUUUCUUUAGAUAACAAUAGCUAUAUUGUACAGCACACUUACGCGUGGAUUCGGAAUUGCUCGCACUAAAGGUUGGUGUCCUUCUGGCGUUAAUUUGCGUUAAUUAGUUGCGCAAAUUGGAGUUAAUUUUUUAACGCCUAAUGGAAAUGUCGAUGUAUAAUUAACGCAUCUGUUUUAACUCGAAUUAGCGCGUGGCUAAAUAUCAUUUUUUUCUAGCAUUUUAACACGAGUUAGCGGGAGCAUACUUUCGGAUAAAAAAAAUUGAGCACACUGUGUGUGAAAAAGCCAUUUCUACAAAAAAAAUUGUCUUUGAAAGAUUAUACAUUAAUUCUUUCCAAAAGAUGGUGGUUAUUCUUCAUUUUCCUCGUUUUACAAAAAAUUCACGAACCUAAAAUCUUUCUUCUACAAUCUUCUUAUUUAAUUGGUCUCAUAAAAAUCCAUACUAAAAUGUCAUCCGCGAUGACAUUAUUACAUCAACGACAUUUAGUUUUACUUGUAAUAGAACAUAUAUACUCAAUAUGAUUAACUCUAAGGCCAAAUAUUAGCGCGAAAAAUUAACCCGAUUUAACGCCAGAUGAUAAUCCAACUUUAUUGCGAGCAAUUUUGCAAUUCGCCGAACGAAUAAAAUUGUCUUAAUUUCCCCCUAAUGGCCAACUUAAAGUACAUUUCGAGUAUUUUAUAAAAACCCAGAGCAAAAGAGACUGCAUUUUCUGUAUUCUUCCAACGAAUUAGUUUGUGUGGUAGCUGUUCCGCGGAGGUAAUUCUUACAUGAUGUGCUUGGAAUAUUUUUUUUUUUUAUAAAUCAUUGAUGUAUCAAAAGUAUAAUAAUAAAGAAGAAUGCAAUAAAAAUACUUUUCUGCA